AUGCCUUUUAAUUUUAUCUAUAUUUUAUUUAUUAUAUAUUUUUUAUUAUCUCCAAACAUAAAAGGUAAAAAGGUUAACAUUUCAGUAUAUAAAGCUUAUAUUUUAUAUUCCCAGAAAACGAAAAAAUACCAAAUAUUAACCCAACGCAAUAAAGCUAUUAAAAAUAUUAAAGGAAUACAGAAAAUUAAAUCCUCCAUUUUUAUUCACGAUAAAAUUCAGGAUAUAUCAAGCAUAAUAAACGAAAAUAAACAAUUUCUGCUUAAAUAUCUAAUUGUUCCUGCGUCUAUUAAAUUUUUUUUUAAAAAUUUGCAAUUUUUGAGAUUACCAUUAUUACAUUUCAUAAGAAUAUACAAAUUUAUAAUAUAUAUUCGAUGCCUUCUUGAAUGGCUUCCUCAAGUUAACCCACAUUUAAGCCCUUUUGUUUAUGUCUUUACAUAUACAAAUAAUUAUGUUCAAUUUUUUCAUAAAUCUAUCCCAAACGUUUUCGGAAUCGAUUUAAGCGGAAUUUUUUCUUGGCUUUUUCUCGAAUUGAUGGAAUCUCUUUUAUCCUAA